AUUAAUAUUGUUAAUUACUCGAGCAACUUGUAAACUGUAAAAUAAUAAAAUACAAGUGAAAUUAAUCCAUAAAUAAAUUUUUAAAAAAAUGAAUAAUGACGUUUUUAAAUGUGCUGACGGAUAAAGUAAAUGAUUAACAAUAAUGAAUUAAUUUGUGAUAAAUUAGCGGUGAUUAAUAAUUUGUGCGAUAAGUUAUUUAAAUAAUUAUCUAAGAUAUAAAUAUACUUGAGUGUAAUUCAAAUAAUUGAUAAUAAGAUAAAGCAUUAACGAAAAAUAUAAUAUAUUUAAGUGAAUGAAAAUCUGUGUGGAUGACCUUCCACGACCCGGCAUCGAUUGAAAACGACUAAGUGUUGGCAUACACGUGGUCGCAAUUACCACAAGAUACGAAUGGAAAUGUUAUUCAAUAAUUUUUUAAUCGUUUUAAUAAUUAUUUAUAUUAAUACGAUAUACGUAGGAAGAGCCAGUGAAAGAUCAACAGAUGUGUCGAUUUACUUCAACGGCACAACUCCCUCAGCAAAUGGUACCGAAGAGGUGGAGGGAACGAGCGAAUUUGCAUCACAAUUUCCACCACGUGAUGAUGAUAAUAAUUAUGCUGAUAAUAACCCAAGUUCGGUAAUUUUUGUGGACGUUCCUCAGCACACUGAGACGGCUUUGGGAACGUCUGUGUUAUUAGCAUGUCGAACAGCACAUCCAGUCGUUGACUGCCAGUGGUCCUGGCAGCCACUGCCACCGGUAAAUUUACCUCUUCCGGACAUCAACCCUUUAAAUUCCAACGAAACGACACGUGAAAUUCUACAGGUUUCAACAGAAGCUGUUUUUUCCCCGCCAACUUCGGCCAGCACACAAUCAUUACCUGUCAGACAAUUUCCGGCUUUUGGUAAUAGUAGUAAUGAUUGUUCUGUUAGAUUUACAAAUACUAAAUAUGAACAAAUUGGAUAUUGGACAUGCGCUGCACGUGCUGAUAUUAAUGGUACUUUCGUCAGUACUUUACCCGCCAAAUUGGACAUUGCUACUCAUAAAUCUGAAGAACCAAUAAUAUUUACUAAGACGGAUGAUGCAAUAGAAGCAGCGGCUGAUUCAUCAGCCCAAAUAAUUUGUCGAACAGAAAAGCCGGUGAGCGAGUGUCAGUGGUCGUGGCGGUUAUUUAAUCAGACAAAAGUAUGGAACAUAGAGGUAAAAAAGUUUCCGUCAUUCGGAGUAAACAAGACCGACUGCAGUAUUAAAUUCAAAAACGUCCUGCCGGAGCAGGAGGGACUUUGGACAUGCGGAGUACGGAGCGACAUUGACCAGAGCAGCAGUUUUAUUCAGACAAAACCAAUAAAAUUUUUCGUGUCGGAAGUGGAAUUCAUACAGCUUUCGCGAGGUAUCCAGACAGCCGCAGGGGAAUCUGCCCUGCUCAGAUGCCUGGUGAACAAACCGGUCGUACAAUGCGAGUGGUCUUGGAAACCCCUCAAUUCCAGUAAAGAGCCCAUGGUCAUAAAAAAUUUUGUGCCAAAUGACGAUAACAAGCAUGACUGUUCAGUCAGAUUUAAAAACGUAUUGUAUGAAGAGGAGGGUCUUUGGACUUGUGGCGUAAGAUUAACAUCCUCUGGCCGGCUUCAUGAGGCUGCUCCCGCUAAACUUACACUUUUACCUUCAGCAAAAAUAAAUUUCACCGAAUCACCGCAAAAUGAAUCGGUGUUGGUAUCAAGUCAUCAACUACUCAAGUGUACAGCGAAUAGCCGUUUAGAAAAAUGUACAUGGCUAUGGAAGUCGCUGUCAAAUGACUUGGAAGUUGUUGCUAAAGAUACAUUUCCAAGUUACGGUAGUUUAGGAAAUAAUUGUAGUCUAAAUAUUCCGGAAAUAAGUACUGAAGAUCAGGGCUACUGGGCUUGUCAAGCAACGUCGAAUAAUAAUGUUAUAAUAACUUCACCUUUUGCUAAAAUAAUUGUUUACAAUAAAGAGAAAGUUGAAUUUUCGGAGCUGUUGCAAGACAUACAGAUAUCGUCGGGCAGCAGUGUUUAUUUACGGUGCGUUACGUCAUCCUCAGUCGAACAAUGCAGAUGGUCAUUGACGCCAGUUAAUUCAAAUACAACAGUCGUUGUAAAACAAUUUACACCAGUUAGUCCAGCUGGCAGAGACUGCAGUGUCAGAUUAAGCCACGCGUUGGCUGAACAACAGGGCCUGUGGACCUGCGGUGUAAAGCUUCACGGAAUGGACAAUUAUAUGAACGCACCACCAGCAAAGCUUAGUCUCCUUGAACCAGAACCAGUUAGAAUUGCAAUGAUAACAAAUACCCAUGAAGUUAUUACCCUGGCUUGCAAACUUUACCCACUGCCAUCAGACACUAAGUGCCAGUGGAUUCAUGAUUUAAAAGAUAAAAAUAAACGAAUGAAUGUAACUCAUAAAUUAAGGCAAGGCGUGUUAAUGAAUCAUACUUCAGGAAUUUGUACGAUACAAUUUAAACCGGAUGCCAGUGAUCUAGGAUUGUGGACCUGUAAAUUUAUUAUUAAUACGGACAAAGGUGAUUUUAUACUAGGGAAUUCGUCAUUGAUACUGGUGAUUAAGCAUACAGAAGAUGAACGACUAGGAUGGAUUGUUGGUGCAGUAACGACAUUUAUUCUAUUUCUAAUGAUUUCGGCAGUUGUAUUAAUUGUCUGGAGAGCAAAACUAUUUGCCAGAGAGUCUUCACGAAUUUUUGAAACCGCCCCGCUUAAAGAUAAAGUACCCGAUAAUUCUAAUAAAGAUGCGGAAUUUGAAUUGUCAGAUUCUCGUUUGUCAAGAAAUUCAUCAUCGAAUAAUUCAGUACUAUCAAGAAAUUCACCGUUUUUGAGUAACAUUCAAAAGUAUCAACAUCAACGAUAGUGUAUGCUCUACUUU